GUCGUGUUGAUUCGUUAUAUUUGUUUAGGUACGAAUGCCGAGAUACAUACAUCACUCGGAUAACUUGGGAGACGAAUGUCGAAUUCAUUCAGUUGCCGGUAACUGCGUUCGUGGAAGCGCGCUUCGCAGUGACUUCAGUUUUCCCGCGAAAACAUAAAUCACAUUUUUCUUAUUCUUAAUAAAGCGUUGAAUUGUUGUAUUUUCUUUUUUGUGGCUAAAGAGUCAAUGACAAUUUUUAUUUAUAAUGUGGAUGGGUCAAGGUGCAGUGUAUUAGAAAUUGGGCAUCAUGCCAGUUUGUUUUGGUAAACAUUGGGAUAUUAAAAUACGUAAUAAUAUAAAGUCUACUAUAGUAAGUCGGUAUCUCGGAAUAUGAUUGCUUGAAAUAAUAGAUUUCUAUAGUUUGCAACGUUUCGCGUUAUAUAAAUCAUUUAACAUACGCAAGACAAUUUGAGUUAACACCAAAAAUAUUCAUACCAAUAAGGAAAUAACAUAUUGAAGCGAUGUUAUCGUGAUAUAAUUAAAUUAGAACUGUUAUGAAGCUCUAAUAGUAUGACUGAGCAGUUGAAAUCACCAGCCCAAGAAGGCUCGAGCCAAGUAGAGAUCGAACCAAUCAGGAAUAUAAUAAAAAAAGUACAUGUGCCUCAAAAAACCUUAGAAGCGAGAUUAUGGGAUCUUUUGCAGCCUGUAGCCAGAUUAUGGGGUCUCAUAACGGCUGUAGUAAUGAGCGGUGCUGGUGCAGAGCUAACUGUAUUGCAAUACGACUUAGCACCAGCUUUGAUAGCCGGCGCUACCUUGGUAUUUAUUCUUGAGACGAUGUGGGUUAUAGCCCUGUUUGUUGAUCUAUUGGGGCGCCGGGGAGAGUACACAUUGGGCCUACGGUGUUGGGACUUCAUGAGGUGGUCCUGUGGGAGGGCCCGCGCACCGUUCUACGCGUGUGCUGCCACUGCCCUAUUGUUUGCUAACCUGACACUUCUGACAACAAUAUCAGGUGGGAUGCUGUUAAUCUUAGCAGCCCUUCGAGCUGCAGUGCCGUUCUCCCCCUACGCCAGCCACGGUCCCCACUCGCCUAGAGCAGGGAGCUCUUUGCUGAACCAACAUGACCCUAAUCUUCCUGAUGUUUACUAUAAUGCAGCUAAUGCUGCUGACGAUAAGUGCGAGGAGAUGACCGUCAUAAAAGUAAAAACUCCAAGUAAAUCCCGUUCCGUUACGCCAAAUCCAACACUUUUGGAACUUUAGCAAUAUGCUUUUUAUACAAUAAAUUAUUUAUUCAUAUAAAUAUUUAUUUAAUUCUCAUGAAGAUAUGAACAAUGAACAGUUCUUUGCGAAUUCGUACUAACAUUGCAUAUUGCAUCAUUCUGGUUGGUAAUUAUUACAAUAAAUCAUUUCUCCAUUGUGUAACAUAAAAGGUAAUGCAGACAUUAUUUUAUUAUACUAUUAUGAAACUAUUUAUAAUUCUAGCUACAAGUUUUAUUUAUUUUCUACUUAACAAUGUUUUUUUUUAAUAAAACAAUCUGUGAUAGUUUAUUAUGGUCUACAUUAGGAUAUCCGUGCCCAUGUCUCUAUUUUAAGUAUGGUGUCAAAUAAAUAUUUGAAUAU